AUGGCGUCAUCGCCUCGCGCCGCACGUCGGCGAGGUAACGCGUGGUUUUGGCGCCCGCGUGGAGUCCGGACUCGUGGCUCAGCUGUCUCCAUGGCCGCCUCGGAGCAGCCGACUGCGGCGAUGAAGCGGCGGCACAAGGCGCAGUACGUGCCGGGGCAGCAGGUCAAGCGGCCCCGGGGCGGCGGUGGGCCGCGGCAGCUGGAGCUCGGCAUGCAGGGCAUCCUCAUCACCUGCAACAUGAACGAGCGCAAGUGCGUGGGGGAGGCCUACAGCCUGCUCAACGAGUACGGGGACCUGCUCUACGGGCCCGAGAAGUUUACAGAUCAAGAUGGCAGGUUGUCAGGAAGUGAAGAGGAGGAAGAUGAUGUUGAAGCUGCCUUAAAGAAAGAAGUUGAUCAGAUUCGCACUUCGACUGAACAGAAGCUGAGAAGAUUCCAGUCAGUGGAGAGUGGAGCUAACAAUGUGGUCUUUAUUAGAACGCUGGGUGUAGAACCCGAGAAGCUCGUGCAUCAUAUAUUAAAGGACUUGCACACUACUAAAAAGAAGAAAACAAGAGUUAUUCUGCGCAUGUUGCCCAUUUCUGGAACCUGCAAGGCUUUUGUGGAAGAUAUGAAAAAGUAUUCAGAGACCUUCUUUGAGCCAUGGUUUAAAGCCCCUAAUAAGGGUACUUUUCAGAUUGUUUACAAAGCUCGUAAUAACAGUCACAUGAGUAGAGAAGAAGUAAUCAAAGAAUUGGCAGGAAUAGUGGGCAGCCUAAAUCCAGAAAACAAAGUGGAUCUUAAUAACCCCCAGUAUACCAUUGUGGUAGAAAUAAUAAAAAACGUCUGUUGCUUGAGCGUGGUGAAAGACUAUGUUUUGUUCAGAAAAUAUAAUCUACAAGAGGUGGUGAAGAGCAACAAGGAGGAACCAGUGCAGCAAAACCUGUUGAGUGCUUCACAAGAGGAGACGUUGAAAGAAAUAAAACUGGCAGAAGAGGACUCUAAAGAAGUGAAACCAGAAGACAAAGAUCAGAGUGAAGAGGAAUCUAAGCCCAAUGAGAGCGACAGUCAGCAGGCAUAGAGAAUGUGCUGGAAGGGGAAGACCAACACUAAAGAUCACUGUAGAAUAGACUGGCUUAGAGUUUUGAAAUGGACAUUUAAACGGGAGCUUAAUUUUUUAUUUUAAAUUUGCCUUUUAAAAUAACCAAUUAUUUAAAAAAAAAAAAAAAGUCAUGCUCCAUCCUGUCUUUGCUAUUGGAGCCAAUGUUGCAGCACACAGUGUCAGAGAAUGGUGAUAUUUAUCACUUAAACUCUUCAGCCUGAUUCUCCAAUGCCUUCCAUCUUGUGUGGUCAUAUAUCUGUGCAAUGUGUAUGUAAAUUGUUACCAGUCUUAUCUAGUAGCAUUUUACACCCACUUACCACAUGUAAAUAACUACCAUAGGGUGCCGGGCUGACUCAACCCCUUUGCCUCUAGACAUUCUGAGAAGCCAGUGGCAGAGGCAGGAUUGAGAGGUCUGGAAAAGGACAGGAUUUUGCAAGGGGAUUUAUUUGAAAAUACAGUGCCAUUUUGUUUUGGCGACGUGACAUGACUUUGCAUACUAUGUAAACCUUGUCUUAUUAAAUACAGAAUGAGCCAAAAGCACCUGACUUUCUGUAUGUUGUUCAGAUGUCUACAAAGACUAGUUUAGAAUACAUUAACAUGUCUUUCAAAUAUGUUGGGUGGAGAAGAGGAAUUGCCACCAUCAAAAUAACUCAGUAUUAUAAGCAAACCUCUCCCUCACCCUUCUCCUUCAAAUUCCUGUAAUUGUCUAGAACAGACAGAUGCCAGUGGCACUCCUUUAUUUAAGUUUGAUGUUUUUAUUAAAUAGUCUCAUUCAUUGGUUUUAUUUUUUUAUUAGCUGUGCUCAUGUUUGAGUUAAACCUCCUUCUUAAACUUCUUGAUGUGAAAGCAGCUCUCUGUAUUACACAGCAUCUAGUAGAAAAAGCUUAACUUUUUGUGUGGUUUCAAUUUUACAAAAUGAGGGUUUUGCCUCAGUUUGAAAAUAGCAUCUGAAUUUUUCCUCUUCCUAUAACAUUUAACUUAUCAUUGAUAAGUUACAGUAUCAUUUUUACAAAGACUAGAAACCCAGAUUAAAAAGAAAACCUAUUUUAAUGUAGUGCGGCUGUAGCUUGUUUUCUAAUAGUAUUGUUGCUUUACACUUUUUGUACAAGUGUAUGGCUUAGGUGUUUCAUGAUACACCUACAGCUUAAACCUAUUGGUGUCACUAAUCGAAAAGCAUUUGCUCCAAAUAACACCAGCUGGCUUGAUCAUGAUUUAAUGAAAAGGACAUGGUCUUACGAGUUUUGUUUUAUGAUCUCUAGUGUUUGUAAAACUGUUUUAAGUUUGAAAAUUAAAAAAAAUCCUUCCCUA